AUGGAAGCAGGAAACCACACACAACUAUCAGAAUUCGUCCUCUUGGGUCUCUCAGAGGAUCCUGAACUGCAGCCUCUCCUCUUCGGUGUGUUCCUGUUCAUGUACCUGGUCACCGUUCUUGGGAACCUGUUCAUCAUCCUGGCCAUCAGCUCUGACUCCCACCUCCACACCCCCAUGUAUUUCUUCCUCUCCAACCUGUCCUUUGUGGACAUCUGCUUCAUCUCCACCAUUGUCCCGAAGAUGCUAGUGAACAUCCAGGCACAGAGCAGAGUCAUUUCCUACAAAGGAUGUCUCACACAAGUAUAUUUUUUUAUGCUUUUUUCUGUAAUGGACGAUUUCCUUCUGACUGUGAUGGCCUAUGACCGGUUUGUGGCCAUCUGCCACCCCCUGCACUACAAUGUCAUCAUGAACCCCCGCCUCUGUGGCCUCCUGGUUCUGAUGUGCUGGUUCACCAUUUUCUGGGUCUCCCUGCUUCAUAUUUUACUGAUGAGACAGCUGACCUUCUGUAUAGGCACUGAAAUUCCACAUUUCUUCUGUGAAUUUGCUCAGGUUCUCCAAUUAGCCUGCUCUGACACCCUCAUCAAUAACAUCAUCAUGUAUGUGGCCACUGCUCUGAUCGGUGUGUUUCCUCUCACCGGGAUCCUUUUUUCUUACUCUAAAAUUGUCUCCUCCUUAAUGAGGAUAUCAUCUGCAGGGGGAAAAUAUAAAGCAUUUUCCACCUGUGUGUCUCAUCUCUCUACGGUCUUCUUGUUCUACGGGACAAGCUUGGGGGUCUACCUCAGUUCUGCCGUGACCCAUUCUUCCCACAGAAGCUCGAUCGCCUCAGUGAUGUACACCGUGGUCACCCCCAUGCUGAACCCCUUCAUCUACAGCCUGAGGAACAAGGAUGUGAAGGGGGCCCUGGGAAGGCUCCUGAGUCGAGCAUCCUCUUCUCUGUGA